AUGCUGCACGACAUUAAAGUGGAAGCUGACCCGGGAUCCGUGGACCUCCUGACCGGCGGAGCUUCCCCGCAGCAGGCCGUGUGUGAGGGCUGCUCGCGGAUCAUCUCAGACCGCUUCCUGAUGCGGGUCAACGACACGUCCUGGCACGAGCGCUGCCUGCAGUGCGCCGCGUGCCAGCAGCCGCUCACCAACACCUGCUACUCCAGAGACACGAGGCUGUACUGCAGGGCCGACUACCAGCAGUUGUUUUCCAGUAAGUGCAGCGGUUGUCUGGAGAGCAUUUCUCCCUCAGCGUUCGUGAUGCGAGCUCUGGACAGCGUUUUCCACCUCAGCUGCUUCUGCUGCUGCGUCUGUGAGCGUCAGCUGAGCAAAGGAGACGAGUUUGUCCUGAGAGACAAUCAGCUGCUGUGCAAAGACGACUACGAGAGAGAGCGUCUCAUUACAGUCAGUCCACACACCUCGGACUCAGAUAAGAGUGAGGAUGAGGAUCUGAAUGUACCCUCAGAGUGUCGUUCAGCAGGGAAACGCAGAGAUGACAAAGACCCUCGUCGGCCCAAACGUCCGCGCACCGUCCUCAACACCGUGCAGAGGAGAGCGUUCAAAGCCUCCUUCGAUGUGUCCUCCAAACCCUGCAGGAAGGUGAGAGAGACCCUGGCUGCAGAGACAGGACUCACUGUCCGUGUGGUCCAGGUCUGGUUCCAGAACCAGAGAGCAAAGAUGAAGAAGUUAGCCCGCAGACAACAGCAGCAAAACGAGCAACACAACAGCCAGAGGGUAGGCCAAGAUGGGAUGUCGAUGGAGGGUCUGCUCAGCUCGUAUUCAGGACAUCUCCCUCUCACCCAGCAGCUGGGGAUGGAUCCCAGCAGAUACUCUGAACCCUUCCAGCAGGGCCUCACACCGCCUCAGAUGCCUGGUGACCACAUGAACCCCUACGGCACUGACUCCAUCUUCCAUGACUUUGACAGUGACACUUCUCUCACGAGUCUAAGCGACUGUUUCAUGGCCGCUCCAGAUGUCGGCUCCUUGCAGAGUCGGGCGGGAAACCCCAUCGACCGUCUGUACUCCAUGCAGAACUCCUACUUUGCCUCAUGUGGCCCCGACAUCACCGCUGGCACCACUCAAUCCACAACGACACAUCCCAGGUCAUGA